UGUGACGCGGAGCCCGGGCUGAGCAGCUGCUCCCUGGUUCUCCACGUGCUGCCAGCAGCGCUGGAGCUGCCCGAGCCGGAGCGGAGCCGCUGUUCUCAGCUGCAGCCAGGAUCUGCCCCCGGCCCCGCUGGGAUCCAGACAGGCUGCAGAAUGUUUUGCUCCAGCUCAUCCCAGCCUGGCGUGGGACAGGGAAGAGAAAUGGCUGCAGUGGAGUCAGUCCAGGGGCCGGUGACCUUCAAGGAGAUGGCUAUGUAUUUCACCAGGGAAGAGUGGGCUCUGCUGGACCCCACUCAGAGAGCCCUCUACUGGGAUGUCAUGCAGGAGAACUAUGAGACUGUGACCUCGCUGGGCCAGAGAAUAACAUCCAUGUUUCGCUGCAGAUCAUCUCGUCCUCCCAGGGGCAAGGAAAUGGCUGCAAUGGAGCUGGCUCAGGGGCCGGUGACCUUCGAGGAGGUGGCUGUGUAUUUCUCCAGGGAAGAGGGGACUCUGCUGGACCCCACUCAGAGAGCCCUCUACAGAGAUGUCAUGCAGGGGAACUAUGAGACGAUGGUCUUGCUGGGUAAGGAUUCCUGUCCCUUCUGUUCUUGGAAGGGGAAAUGAAGAGUGAAGG